GUGUCUUGACACUUCAAAUGUCCACGCUUGAGCGGGCGGAGAGGAGUUUGUUGUGCAAAUCGAGGUCCGUGAACGUUGCUGAGUUCAAACGGACGAAGAAUAACAUUUAUUUAACAUUUCAACGAUUUUCACUCCAUUCUUCGAGUGCGAGACUUCAACGUGAUUCCAAGUGUUGAGACUUCUAUUUGAACGCCAUGGAGUUUCCAGAUCUGGGAGAACACUGUUCAGAGAAGUCCUGCAAGCGUUUAGACUUCCUUCCCAUGAAAUGCGACGCCUGUCAAGAGAUAUUCUGCAAAGACCACGUCACGUACGCACACCACAAAUGCACCUCGUCUUACAAAAAGGAUGUCCAGGUUCCUGUGUGUCCAUUGUGCAACAUCCCCAUUCCCAUCAAGAGAGGAGAGAUGCCCGACAUUAAAGUCGGGGAGCACAUCGAUCGGGAUUGCAAGUCGGACCCCGCGCAACGCAAGAGAAAGAUCUUCACCAACAAGUGUUCCAAAGGAGGCUGCAAGCAGAAGGAAAUGAUGCCCGUGACAUGUGACCAGUGUCAUUUAAAUUACUGCCUGAAACACCGACACCCGCUCGACCACGAUUGUAGGACCGACGGCAAACCUCUGUCCAAGUCCGGACAUGCUGCUUUAAUGAGGGCUCUGGGAUCUUCCUCCACUUCUGCCUCCGCUUCAUCUUCUUCAGGACACUCCAGAUCCGUUUCUAAUGGCGGCAGCACAGCUAGCAGGAGCCACAAUAGCAACACUAGCCGACCAAUUCCGACUUCUGUAUCAGCACAGAAUGUGGUGCAACCGCCGUCGUCGUUCCAGGCAGGAAUGACCAACGAGCAAGCCUUACAGAGAGCUCUCGAGAUGUCUUUGGCCGAAUCGAAAGCGCCCGCACAGCCGACCCUCAGUCCGCAGGAGCAGGAAGAUCUGGCGCUGGCUCAGGCCCUCGCCGCCAGCGAAGAAGAAUACAGACGCCAGCAGCAGAGACAACAGGUACCGGCCUGAACAGUUAGCCGACACUAGCGUUCUAGCAUGAGCGAGAGUCCAAACAGUCCAACUGCAGCCUUUCCUAAUCUCGGACCACUGCUUUCUUUUUCCAAUUUUUGUCUUCCCAAAAUGUGCUAAUGCUCCACGCGAAACCUCACAAGCCGGAUUCUCGAUAUCCGCCGUCAUCGAUUGUCUUUAUUUUUCAAAAACAAAAGGAUCAACUGUUGCUCACUUGUCGCCUUCUACACUGAAAACUAAGCACACAGACGCCCAGCAGGUUCUGUCAUUCUUACCGAUGACUUUCUCUGUACAUAUUUUAUAUAAAUGUAUGCUAAUUGUUAUAUUGCCAUCUAUGAAGAAUGAAUAAAUUAUUUCAAAUUUG